AGUCAUUAUACCUACAUUUAAAAUUAUUCCAAGUUGCUUACAAAACGUUAAAAAUAACAAAAUGGCCCUUAAAAUAUCAUUUGUUGUUGCUGUUCAAGCUGUUUUGAUUCAGCUAACACUGGCUCAAGUCCUGCCAACAUACUCUGGCAAUUCCUACGUUGAGAACAAUGUCGUUGUGAACGGAGGUAGCGGGUACGGAGUCAACAGUCUUGGUAAUGCUAACCUCGGAGGCAACAUUGCGACAGCAAACUUGGCUUCUAAUGUCGCAACUGCAAAUUUAGCUACAGCUAAUCUCGCCAACGUGGGACUUGCCUCUUUAGCCACUGGUCCAGGUUAUGUUAACCUCGCUUCUAUAUCUGGUGGUGGAGUUUUACCUGUCACAAGUUACUCUCCUAUAUCACCUACUGGAUUAACUGUUGUAUCUGAUAACGCUAUAGAAGGUUCGUUGAUUGUGAGCGGGGAAUUACCGUUUCUGAGCGCUGUUGCCUUUGAAGGGGCAUUGAAUACUGAUGGUGCUGGAGCAGCUAGCUGUGGGUGUGGUUCUGGGAGUAUUGGUAUUACAAGUGAGAAUUAUGGGUCAAGUCUUAAUGGACUCGGCUUGGGAUAUGGAGGAGUGAGGGGCAUUGGCGGACUUAGGUUGUAA